AGUCUUCACUUUUAUCGUAAUUUCUCCCUGUGGGAUUGUUUUUUUAUUAAAAAUAAUCUUACAAGUUUAAGAUCAACUGAAUGAAAAACAAACAUAGCAACUGUACUAGCAUAUUUCACAAAAUCAAAACUUUCCAAAAAAAUUUUAUUUCCCUUUAAAAUGAAAGAGUGUGUGAAUUCAAUUUUCUAACCUUGAAAGAGCAAGAUCUUACAGACAAUUUUAUCAAGUGCAGUUGCGGGGUGCAAGCUAAAUAGGAUUAAAUUAUACCAUAUGGAUGGAAUGACCCUACAACUCAUGCUGUCUAUGUACACAAAGGUCAAGAAGAUGUGUUAAACUUCCUCGGUGAAUGUGCUAUAUAAAAAAAAAAUUGUCUUCGUUUCCCAUCUUGAAGUGAAUUACUCUUCAAGCUAAAGUUUGAACUGAACAGCAAAACCGACAAAAUAUUGCAGACAUGAUUGGCAAUAUAGGAGUGGACUUGACUUCUUCCAAUGUAGAAUUAGCAUUUUUGUGUAAAAGCUCACUACAUGUCAUAUGCAACCAAAUCAGGGAGAACAACAGUACUGCACAAGAGGACGUAAAUUUGCUCUACACUUUAUUUGGUGAUAUUCUUUUUAAGGCUUUAGAGCUUUUAGACAAGGAUUCCAUUGAACUUAUAACAAUAACUAACAGCCAGAGAAAAUAUUUUUUGGUUGAAGAUCAAGGAUUUUAUUAUACACUUUACAAGCAUAUUCCUUUCUGCAAAUGUGAUCAAUUCAGGAAAAGUGUAGAUGACAACAAAGUCAAAAAUAUAUGCAGUCACGUCCUAGCUUGUGAAUUGUCUUUAGCACUUUGUAGCUACCAUUGCACUUCUAUGGACAAGUUUGUUGUCCAGCCAUUAAGUGAUAUGGAGGAUGAGUUUUGAAUUAUUUUUGUACAUUUAUACCAUGUUUUAUGCAUGCCAUGUUAUUACUAAAUAAAUAUAUUUUUUAAAUGGUU